CGACAUUCGAUAAGGGCGGGGUGACAGUCACGCCGAAUGCUCUGUUUAUGCCGUUUGCAAUCUGCACCAUCCUGCAAAGCAUGAACCGCUAUGACGCUACGAUACUUUUGCAAGAGUCAGAUACCUAUUUGUGUGUUUUAAAAAGGGGGUGCAGAGCAUUGCAGGUCAAACCAUCAGCUCGGCUCCCGUCGGCGUGUCAUGGAUAGAGGUCAGGAGCGCGGUCCUUCAGAAGUUGGAGAGAACAAUGAAUGAGCGCGUUGGUUUGAUCCGGAGGGCUGUUAUGGGCGUGGCUUCUGCUUAGGGUUCAAAAGCCGGGGUCCGCGGGAAUGUAAACUGCGGCGUCAGUGAGAGAGCCGUCUCCCCAGGGCUGCUUCUCCAUGUCAAGCGAAUAUACAGGUCUGGAGCCGCAUGCGGUCCAACCUGACUGAGCUCUUCUGCAGGUUGCCAGGCAACCAGCGCCCUGGCAGUGACAUGCUUUUUGCAGAAGAUGUGAAACUCACUUCAAACGCAGAUGGCGCUUUCUGCAGUAUGCGGUUUUGCUUCUGAGCGAACGAUCUGUACUGAUCGUUCAGUGAUAGAUAUCAGCCCUUUGACCUGGGGGGGGGGGUUUAGCUUGAGUCGGACGGUAGGCAUUUUGUCUUUGGCCUUUUGUACAGUGACUGCUAUGGUUACAUAAUUGAGAGGCUCUGUGAAAGUUCCGUCCACAAGCAUGGCAGACAGCUGCAGUUCUUUUUUGAGCUUCCUUCCGAGCGUCUGCGAGGUGCAGCUUCCGCUCCCUGCUACAGGAACUGUAAUGCAGGGUCACGGUGACUCUGAAAGCUAUCUUAGGAAGCACAGAGCACGAGGCAGGGGACACCUGGGGUCAAUCACAAGCACCCAAACUCUGCCAAUGUACGGCCGCCAUGCAAUGUCUUCUUGACUUUCAGUUACCCAGAAUCCUCAUUGCCAUGUUGCAGUAAGCAGUAGUGCAGCUACAGUGAAACAUGCCCCCUUUUUUCCAUUGUGGGAGGGUGCUCUGCAGAUCAGGGAAUCACCCUAACUAUUUUAGAUUCCAUAUUGACAGGGGCUGUGCGUAUCAUCUCAUCCAAAGGUACAACAGCAGCAUCCUGCUGGAAUUUCAUCCUUAUUUAAUGCUCCACCAAGUGCUGCUAUUUACACCUGAGCCAGUGGUACAAUUUCUUCUAUUUCAAAGUGCAUUGACUUAAACUCUCCAGGGCUGGAGACAAGUAAUUUCGUCGAGGGGCAACUACAAAAAGACCGAACGCUAGCCCACUGCCGGACUGCAUUUUUCUUUUUACUAAACUAGCCUUGUCGGCUAGUGCCAAAAGUAUUUAAGUUCCAUCCCUGCUUACCACUGAGAUUUUUCAAGAUUAUGCUGCAUAUGCAUGUGUCUUGUCCUUUUCAGUGUGGCGGGGUUCAAUGUUGUACACACACCAGCUCUGACCCCACAUCCUGCGUGUCUUAACCAGCCAGGCCCCCGUCAGUGGGCUAGCGCAUUAGCACACUGUCACGCCGGCCUGUCAGGUGUCCCAGCCCUCCUGGACUCCGGUGCUGCGGCGCCUGAAAAUCAUCCACACGCUGCAUUAUUCAUCUGCUUGGUGCUUAGCGUGCGCUUUCAUCUGCGGCGAUUUACAUAGCUUAGCAUUUCAUGCCUUGCCCGUUUACUCAGCUGGGUAGGUCUUUGUCUUUCUUUUAUAUCAAACCAGGCUAAGCAGCUCACUCAAGGGCACGCCAUCUCUCCUAGGUCAGCGUCCAUGACUACUAUGCUCCCAGCUGCUCAGUGGCAAUCGUCACAAAGACAUAAAAUUUACAGUACUUAUGUCAACAGCAGCCCGUUUAAGAAUGUGUCUUUACUUAAAGAUGAGCACACUCCCCAGUAGACCCAUCCAAAACGGAGUCUCUUUCAGAUUUCAGUUCAAAGACACCUGUCGGUUUUGAAAAGGUGCAGAAAGUCCAACUUUCCAUUCUGCCGGUAACACAAACCCCCAAGUUUACCUCAUACGUCACUACUGCUGGGCUGAAUCACUAAUAUUUGUGCUCCUCGACAUGAGGGGUAUUCCACAAAACAAGAUUUCCUAGUUAGCUGGAUAACUUAAGCUAACUGUGAAAACUGUCCAAUAGGAAGACAGGUCCUAAUGCUUCACCUCAGGGAUGUUUGAUACAUGAAGAGUAAAAACAGCUUAAAAUGUGCUGAUUAAUGAGCCUGAAGCUGUCUCUGCUAGCGUAGGUCAUACCCAGGACAGGAUUUUACGAAAAAUAAGUGACCACAUAAAGACUGAAAUAUUUUUCUCAGCAAUAGUGAGCAGAGGGUGGGCAAUGCCUUGCUUAGUACGCUUACUUUCACGGAUCUUGUACCACAGCAAAGUUCUAUCGCACUCAAAACAUCUCGAGACCCUGUUGAAAAAAACAGCAAAAAACCAACCUAUGCUGGUAGCUGGUCUUAGCUGGUCUAAGAUGGUCUUAGAUGGUCUAGGAUGGUCUUAGCUGGUCUAAGAUGGUCUUAGAUGGUCUUAGAUGAUCUAGGAUGGUCUUAGCUGGUCUAAGAUGGUCUUAGAUGGUCAUGUCCCAGCUCUUGCUGUUCUUUGAUGGUUUAACUGGGUGAGUCACCAGUUAGUCAUGCUGGUGUAGUCAGCCUAUCAAGCUGUUCAUGCCCAUAUAACCAGCUCAACCAUCAAACCAUCAUGCAAAAUCAAGGUCAAGGUGGUAUUUUUCAGCACACAGUGCUCAAAACCCAGUUGCUCUGGACCCACUUGGAAAGAUUCUGCUACAGUGCCAUCAAAAGAUGACACACUGUGUCCUGGUUCCACAGCCAGGGCGCAUUACGUGCAUCUAUAGAGUAUUCCUGUAUUGAUUUUUAAUUCUUCAGCUGCUUAGUGCGGACAAGAAAACAAACGAGAUACAUUUCUCAAAACAUGAUGAGUUUGUCAAUAUUUUUCUGUUCUCUGCUGCCAUAUAAAGAGGAAGGCAUCUUACAAUCAGCCAGAACCAAGUCUUAUGUCACACAGAUCGGUGUGGAGCUGUGCAACCUCGAGCAGAAAGAGCGAGGACUAUUUCGCUGAGCCGAUGUGCCAAGUAACUGACCGAGGAAUAUAUGGAAACUUCUGGGAAUGAUGUCCUUGCUACAUUGGAAUUACAUGGGAUCCGUCUUCCUCGUGAUGACACAGCAGCAACCUCAACCCACUGAAGAGGACCCAAUCUGAAGCGGGUAAGGCUGCUGUGAAACACAAACAGCCACAGCAGUGAUGGAGCUGACGUCCUCGAUGACGUCAACUGCCAUAAUCUCCCAGCAAGCUGCGCGAUUGGCUCGCCAAGGCCGGAGGCCCCAGGCUAAGCGAAUUGGGCGAAAGGAAGAGAUGAUGUCACACCCGCUAAGCCGGUGCCCCGUCCUAGUAAUUAAAUUGUCACAUGGAGCCCAGGAGGUGGAACAGCAGGAGUCUUAAGUGUCACCGAUCCGUCCAGAGAGCAGCCGCAGCGGGAGAGAGACCAUGGAUGACAGCGAGGUGACGGUCACAGUCCUGGAGGCUGCGGAAUCACACAAACGAAUCAAAAAGCUAAGCUGGUUAGUCGCAGGAAGGAGGUGCAAUUAAAACAGCACAAUUUAAACUAAAACCCCCCCAUUCAUCUGCUCCAGCCAUACACACUGCUCCAUAGCAUCCACCCAACAUGCUGGGAAGAUAAAGAUGUCCAGUAUGAAUGAGUGACAGGUAGACAGAAGAUGGAGAGACCUGGGGUAAGAGUAGGAGGUGCGCACUCCUCCGUACUGUAUGUGUCUGUUGUUGUCUUCCCUGUUCAGGUUUGCCGGUCAUGGGGAAUCUCAUUAAGGUCCUUGGGAAGGAUUUAGAAAACUGUCCACAUUUUUUCCUGGACUUUGAAAGGGACACAUGGGGAAUCUUCUGAAGGUGUUGGCCUGCACCGACCUCGAGCACGGCCAAAUAGUUUUCCUUGACUUUGAACAUGCCCAACCCACAGAGGCGGAGACGGCAGUGUGGAACCAGGUCAGCGCUGUGCUGGAGGAGGCCCACGGCAUCCUGGCAGAGCUGCAGUCCUAUAACGGAGCGGGCCAGGAGAUACGAGAGGCCAUUCAGAACCCAAGUGACCUACAGCUGCAGGAGAAGGCCUGGAAUGCAGUGUGCCCCCUGGUGGCCAAGCUGAAGCGCUUCUACGAAUUCUCCCUCAGACUGGAGAACGCACUGCGCAGCCUGCUGGAGGCGCUGACGAGCCCGCCGUACGCCCCCAUGCAGCAUCUGGAGCGUGAGCAGGCUCUGGCAAAGCAGUUUGCUGAGAUCCUUCACUUCACGCUCAGCUUCGACGAGCUGAAGAUGACCAACCCAGCCAUCCAAAAUGAUUUCAGCUAUUACAGGAGGACCAUCAGCAGGAACCGGUUAAAUAACCAGCAGCUGGAUGCCGAAAAUGAGGUGAACAAUGAGAUGGCCAAUCGGAUGUCGCUGUUCUAUGCAGAGGCCACGCCCAUGCUGAAGACACUCAGCAAUGCCACCACCAAAUUCGUGUCAGAGAACAAAACGCUGCCAAUCGAAGACACAACGGACUGCUUGAGCACCAUGGCCUGCGUGUGCCGAGUCAUGCUGGAGACGCCGGAGUAUCGCUGCCGUUUCACCAACACGGACACCAUGCUCUUCUGCAUGCGGGUCAUGGUGGGCGUCAUCAUUCUCUAUGACCACGUCCAUCCAGUGGGCGCCUUUGCCAAGACCUCCAAGAUCGAUAUGAAAGGCUGCAUCAAGGUGUUGAAAGAGCAAGAUUCCAACAGCGUGGAAGGGCUUCUAAAUGCUUUGAAGUACACGACGAGGCACCUAAAUGACGAUAGCACCUCCAAACAAAUCAGAGCCAUGCUGCAAUGAGUGCGGGGGGGAAGGGAGAGGGGGGUGAGCACGGGAUCGAUGUUGAGGAGAGAAAGAGGGGAGACUGUCGAGGGAAAGAGGAGGGCUGGGAAGAGGUUACGGGCGCGACCCAAACUCUGAGGCCCCUUAGGUUACAUGAACGACAUGCAGAACCAUUCGUGUCAAUAUCUUGUUGUCAAUAUAUAUAUAUAUUGUCAACUGCUCAUCUCCAUGUCUCUCAUUUUAUACAAAAAAGAAACAAAAAAAUAGAGAUAUAUAUUAAAGUGAAAACAUAAAAAACACAGUGUAUGACAUAAAUAGGACAAAAGAAGAGAAAUUAUAUUAGAAAUUUUAAGGUUAAGAAAUGGAAAACGAAAGUCCAUAUUCCAAUUUAAGAAAAGUAUUUUUGCACUCGUUAAGAAAUCAAUGCCAUCACUAUCAUUUCACUGUAAAGGCAAAAAAUAAAAAAGGCGAGAAAUGAAGUGUACAGUCAAAUCCUACUUACCUGCAUUCUGAUUUCAUUUGAUUUGGUAUCAUGGCCUCAUCUUACCCAUAAUCCUCGGCCGCCAUUGGUAGUGCUUCAUGCCGAUUGGCUGGCGCGCUUUCCUUACUUGGUACAGAAGACAGAUGUCCAACAGGGCCACAGUCUCUCCAGCUGAUUUUUCGCAUCGAUGCAGACAGGACAGGACAGUCAAAUAUAUAAAUAUCAGAUUUUGCGUUUUGUAAAAGGAAGCCUGUGUUAUGACAUUGUUAGACAAUGUUAGACGCAAGAAACUAUUUUCUGGGUAUUACAAAAAAAAAAAAUGACCUAAUCCAGUGAACUGCUAUAAACUGCUGUU